GUGAUUCUUUUGAACAAGUAUUGACCUAGACAUUAUUAAAAAAAAACAUUAUUUUAGCUAAAGUAUUUGUAUCAACACUAUGUGCCUUUUACCCCCUCACCACCUCAUACAUUUAUAAGAUUUUAUACAAAAUUAACCACUUUUAUGAUUUAUUUUCACACAAAAUCUAUUGCUCGAUCAAUGUUCAAUACAAACCUUUUUUUUUUUUCCUGCAAUCAUACACUUUGAGAGUAGUGAAAAGCAAAUUUUUCUUAAGGUGUGCCUUUAGCCCCAUUGAACCCUAUACUUCCUGAGCAAUUAUUCUGAUUAUCUCAUGCGACUUCCUGUUGAGCUGACAGAGAUCAGAGUCAUAAAAAAAUGGCGUUUCCAAACAGAAUGGGAAAUAAUGGAUUGAGCAACUAUCACUCUCGUCAGUCAAACAGUGACGCUCGAGAGGAGUGGUUUAGCUAUGCUUGUGGUUUCUUUCUUCCUGCAGUGACAAAACUGAAAAAUUCCCAGGAGCUUGCUCGAGUAAAUAUCCGCGUAAUUAAUCCGUAUUAGUGCGCUAUUAAAUGAGUGUGUCAUAUUCUACACUGUACUCAUAUAAUUAAAUGUGCCUCAAACAUAAAGGACAUUUUUGCUGACGAACACUUUCUUUGAUUCACACGAGCAGAAAUAAGUGCAAGAAAAAGAAAUAAAUCACUAUCAUCUUGUUCCCCCUUUCACUUUUCCUGCGUGACUGAUGUAAAUCCAAAGAACCGGAAACCUUUUCCCUUCUUUUCUGGUUUUCGCAACGCAUCUCAUACGGCAGGACACGCAAUAAUCCAGGGUAACUCAUGAAAGUUUCCCUAGUUGGACAAUCUCAAUGGGUUUAAAUAGCCUAGAAAUCUGCAGUAAAAUAUUAUAUACACCUUGAACCACAAUGAAGUUCUACCUCAUUCUUGCAGUGCACUGCUGUUUAACGCUGGUUUAUGCCGCGCCGCUCCGCGAUCCAAAGAUGACGCACGCGGUGGAGAGCGCCAUGAGUUUAGCCCAGAAGAUUCUGCGCGACAUUCCCGGAGCGCAUGAGGCGUGCGUCACAAAGACGGGUUUGACCCUCUCCGGUGAAGCAAAAGACUUGGAGUAUUUAUUGAGUGACAUCGGCAUCCCUGCGCCUCCAGUGCUCAAGUCAGAGGAGCUCACCAUGGAAGUGAGUUUAAGCCGUAUUGUAGAAGGUUUGGAGCUUCACCACAAACUUCUGCAGGAAAUCGGAGCCGUCUUGAGCUCCACAGAAGAACUGAACCUCCUUCUUGCAGAUGUCACAGAUCUGUCCACUCAGCUGCAUGAGAUUCAGCGGCUGGCCCAGAUUCCCAGUACAGAAUCCAAGAAAGCGUUUACCCUGCAGCUCGACGGCGAUUAUCAGGUGCGAGUGGCGGCUCAUCUUUCCCUCAAGCAGCUGCGCAGCUUCACGCAGGAUGUGUUUCGCAGUCUACGACACAUCGCUUUGUCUAACUAGGUUGACCCACAGUGACCUAACCAGGCCUACGACACAGUGUCCACUUGAACAAACUCUGUAUUUUCUGUGUGAAACUAUUUUUGUAAUGCACAAAUUUUAAUGGGUCUCCUUGCUACAGUUGAAUUCAACUUUGGAAUAACCCUAUUGUUUUAAAUGGUAAUAUUAUUAUAUGACUUUUAUAUAUUUAUUUAUUAUAGUUAGUAUUAUUUUUAUGAUGUUAUUUAUAUUGACAGAAGUUGUACCCUAUGGGUGCGGUGUAGGUUUCUAUUUAACCAGAUUUUUAUUUAUUACUGAUUAAAUAUUAUGUUUCACCAACAUGUGAAUAACUAUUAAAAUUUUUCUGAAAAAAAAAAAAAAA